GCCAAAAGAAACCACAUGCUUCUGUGAAUUACUCUCAACCAGAGCAGUGCUAGUUGUAAGCCGCUCUUUGUUCAAGAUGAGUGGACAAAUAACGACGGUCGUGGUCGCAGUGUCCGUCCUGUUUCUCCUGACUGUCUGUUUAGCAGUAGAACAUGACGGCGACGAAAGCUCUUGCUCGAAGUCAAUGUCAAACAGCAACGUGAACAACAUCACCGUGCUGGCUCCACCGGGACCGAAGGGGGACGCGGGACCGCCGGGCCCUAGGGGCAUUCGCGGGGAGAAGGGAGAGACGGGCCGUCCCGGGAAGCUCGGACCACAAGGACCGGAGGGACAGAAGGGUGCGGUAGGAGCCCCAGGCCAAAAAGGCAGCAAAGGCGAUGAAGGUUUGGGCGGAGGAGCUGUAUAUGUAAGAUGGGGGCGGACAUCUUGCGAAGAGGGUACGGGCACAGUGACGGUGUACUCUGGCCUGGCCGGCGGAACGUGGUACAACCAGAAGGGCGGGGGAAGCAACUACCAGUGCCUUCCUUCAGAUCCUGAGUGGGGCUGGUACAAAGAUGGUCUUGAGAAAACCCGGGAGGCUUACAUGUACGGUGCUGAAUUCCAAAUCGGCUCGGAUUCGCCGUACGACAUGGGCGCAAUUCACGACCGCAACGUGCCAUGUGCCGUCUGCCACAGCCUCUCCCGCCGCGCGCAGCUGAUGAUCCCCGCCCGGAAGACCUGCCCUGAGGGCUGGACGCGGGAAUACGGGGGCUACCUGAUGGCUGGCCACCACACCCACAGCCGCACGGAGUUCGUGUGCAUGGACGGGGAGCCCGAGGUGCUGCCUGGCGGAGAGCGUAACGAGGACGGCGCGCUGUUCUACAUCGUGGAGGCCCGCUGUGGCUCGCUCCCGUGUCCGCCCUACGUGGAGGGGAGAGAGCUAACAUGUGUCGUGUGCACCAUGUAGACAG